AUUCAAUAUAAAAGAUAUUAUCGGUAAGAGAUAAUUAGAUCAAGUACUACGCGUAGCUUUUUAGUGGCAUGUGCAGUUAUUUCAUGUGAUACUCAUUGUUUCGUACUUUUACAUAUUAUAGCGCCAUUUUGUCGUUUCCGAAGCUUUUAUAUGCUUUUUCGACGUUAACAUGAUUUAUGAAACAUAUCUCGACAUUGAAUGGUGUUUUUAAUUUUUGAAUUUGGAAUCAUGUUCUGCGUCCAAGAAAAAGACUCGCACACAGACCCGUUCGCCACAACCGAAAAAGACCCGCUAGCAGCCCAGUCCUCCUCCGACGAUGAGCCUGCCCCGAAGCGCCUCAAAACCUUCGCACCGUCCCUCAACCUCCAAGUGUACCAAAUACCCGCUUUCAACAAGGGUCUAUCCAUAUUCCCGACCCCGGAAGUAACACUGCCUAAGUUUGUGAACAAUCCGUUGAACUUGGCCAAUCCGCUGGCGUUGCCAAGUAUACAGGCCAGUAAUGUGGUCAAGUCGCUGCAUAGUAGAUAUUCGCUGCCGGCCAAGCUGAGUAUAACGCCGGUGCAGACGCCGAAGAGUUGUGAUUCGGGUGGAAUAGUCAGGUAUAAGAAGAAUGGUGAGAUUGCCAAGAAAAGGGGCCCACCGAAGGGGUACAAGAGGAAACCGAAAGCGGAUUUGUCGCAGAGUUUAAAUAACGGAGCACUAUUACAGGCACAAAACACGAUCCUGACAAGUCUUCUCGCCGCCACCAACACCACGCUGAGCGUGAGCCAGCCCAAGCCAGUGCCCGUAGCGCCUAAGGUCACUAUAGUGCCCAAAAUUAAAGUUCCCGAUGGCGUGGAGCUGGUGGAAAUGGCCUUGGACCCUGAGGACUGGUUUCCGGCUGAACCCUACCGGAUGUCAUUCAGCCGCAAGAAGAACCCCAAGUGGAAGACCUUCCCCUACAGAUGUGAACACUGCUUCAAGGGUUACCGAGUAGCGUCGACCCUCCUGCAGCACUCCGGCGAGCGUCACGGCUGCGUGCCCGCGGCGCUCGCCAUCCCGUGCCCGUGCUGCCCGCACGUCAGCCCCCGCCGGAAACUACACAAGAAACACCUGGAGACCCACGAGGGGAAGAGGCGGAGGAUAUUCUGCGUCUACUGCCUGCCACCUAGAGACCCAUCAGAGCCCUACGUGAAGGAAUCAGAGAAGUACCCCUUCGACAAGUUCCCUCAAUACUGGUACGCGUCCGAAGAGUCCCUCCGCCUCCACAAGAAGCGAAAACACCCAUACGCCGCCAUGCUACACUACAACUGGUUCAACACGUGGACCGACGCUAUGCCUAAUAGCUAGUAAGUCGUGACGUUAUCUGUGAAAAGGGACCUUAUUGCCGAUAUUAACGAUGCUCUGAUAUAAGUACAAAGCCGCGCGACGAUAAUAAGGUCCCUUUUUAUAGAUAAUGCCACAGUUAGUUGUAAGGUCAUAAAAUAAGUAAGCAUAGAGUGGUCAUACAACAGUUUUGGUAGUCGACAUCUAGCGUCGAGUAGCGGAAUUAUCAGUGCUGAUAAUAGAUGUCGCGGCGAACGGAAAGUCUAAUGGUAACAUUCCAUUUCUAACAGCAGCUGCACUACUGGUACUGAACGCGUCGGUGUUAUUGUCAAUUUCCAUAGUAAAAUGAACAAUAGUGCAGCUGUCGUUGAAAAUGGACAGUCACCUUAAUGCUCAACAAUAGAGAGUAUUACUGCAUUGUUCUGCCGCUAGAGUGCAGCACUAAUUUGUUUAGUAAACCAUAGAGUAA